AUGCACCCACAAAGUAAGGAUGUUGACCUAUGGGAUCUUAUAAAGAAGCCUGGCACAAUAAUGGACUUCUACAUCCCUGUAUAUAGAAGGAGAUCAAGACGAAGCAGGUUUGGCUUUGUGAGAUUCAAAGACAUGAGGGAAGCAUUGAAUGUCAUCAGGGCAUCGGACGGAAUAGUAUGGAAGGGUUGGAACCUAAAAGUGAGUUUGGCAAAGUAUAAAAGGCAAUUUAGUGGCAAGAUGAGCAGUAACUUUUGGAGAAGAAAAGAUCAUAGAAGGGUGGAUUAUCAUCAUCAAAGUUAUGUGGGCAAAGGAAAAACGUAA